AGGAAGUCAUCUCAUUUAUUCUGGUCUGUAUUUGGCCAAACGCCCAUCAAAAGAGAAAAAAGGAAAGUGACAAAAGAAGUAGGAAAUUUUUCUAAACAAAUUACUCCAAAAAGAAAAGAAACAAAAUAUAUUGAUGGUGAGAGGAGAUGAUGGAGCGGGGCCCACCCAAGCUUGAUUUCAGAUCAUGUGGUGCAGAAAUAGUCAUAUAGCAGUAUAUAUGUAGCAGGAGAGCAAGAAGAUUUAGAAAGUAGAAAAUAGUUAAAUUAAAAAUGGGCGAUAAGGUGGUGUGCGUCACCGGAGCUUCGGGCUACGUUGCUUCAUGGCUGGUUAAACUCUUGCUCCGCCGUGGUUACACUGUCAAGGCUACUGUUCGUAACCUCAGUGAUCCAAGCAAGGUAGGGCACUUGAGAGCACUUGAAGGAGCUGAAGAAAGACUGCAUUUGUUUGAAGCAAAUUUAGUGAAAGAAGGAUCAUUUGAUGGUGUGAUUGAUGGUUGUGAUGGCGUUUUUCACACUGCAUCUCCUGUUAUACUUGAGCAUGUCAAUGACCCUCAGGUGGAACUUAUACAACCUGCAGUGAAGGGAACCCUAAAUGUUCUUAGUUCAUGUGCCAAGGCACAAUCUGUGAAGCGAGUAGUCUUCACCUCUUCUAUUGCCACAAUAGCCUAUAAGAAACACACCCAAACCACUGACGUUUUAGUUGAUGAGACAUCGUUUUCUGAUCCAAUUUUUGCCGAGGAAAUGAAGCAAUGGUAUGUUGUUUCAAAAACAUUGGCGGAGGAAGCUGCAUUUAAAUUUGCACAAGAAAAUGGCAUUGAUUUGGUAAUCAUAAAUCCUGGAUUGGUGAUUGGCCCUCUUCUACAACCAACUCUCAAUGAAACUUCACAAUGUUUUCUUAGCUUAAUUUCAGAAGGAAAGUAUACUAAUGCAACUCCAGGUGGAAUGUUUAUAUAUGUUGAUGUGAGAGAUGUUGGCAACGCACAUAUCUUGGCUUUUGAGGAUUCAUCGGCAAAUGGUAGAUAUUGUCUUGUUGCGAACGUGAUGCCUUGCGCUCAAGUUUUAGAUAUCUUGCGCCAACUCUAUCCUACAGUCAAAUUCCCCAUGUGCAGCCAGGAUGAGGAGAAUCCGAGUGCCCUACCACUCUUACAAGUGUGUAAUGAGAAAGCAAAGUCAUUGGGUAUAAAUUUUACGUCAGUUGAGCAGAGUGUGAAGGAUGUCACUGAAAGUCUCAUAGAGAAAAAAUUCUUCAAAAUUUCAGAAUUUAACAUCUAAAAUAUUAUAUAUUUAUUUAGUGAAGAAUCUCAAUGUUCGAUCAUGAUUGUAAUGGCAGGUAAAAGAAAGGAGAUAUGACUCAUUUUCUUGUGAUAUAGCAAUAAUGGAUGUAUGUACAUCAAUAUUAUUAAUCUAUAUAUUUCAGGGCAGUUCUAUUCA